AUGCUGAAACCUGAUUUGGAAUUUUUGUAUAUAAAGGGCAAUUAGAAAUUUCAAGAUGUUGCCUUUUAAUAACCAAUUCGAUAACAUCAGCCGAAAGUGAAUGCGAUAAAACUCAAAGGGUUUCAACAAUUUGUCGAACUCAUUAAUAAAUAAUAAGAAUAACAACAAUAAUUGAAAACCUGUUCUUAAUGCACUCCUUAAUUUUUACCAACUGUUAUUUCUUAUCCUCCAAAAAUAGAAAUUUAAACUAGAAAAGCUAGUGAGAUGAAACUAUUCGUAAAAAAAAGUUUUAUUGAUGUACCUACUGAAUCACAUUCUUAGGAAAGAAGUAAGAAAGAUAUUAGAUUGAUUCCUUAAAAAUAAUUUUCAAUUAAAAGAGCAAUAACUUCUAAAAAUGAGGAUAGCAAUAUAAUAUUUGAAUAAAAUGAAUUUCCCAUUCUUAUGGCACUAUCAAAUAAUUUAAGUGUUUAACCUCCCGAUAGAGCCAUCUAUAAGGCUUUUGUGACUAAGGGUAACAAUGGAGUAUUGAUCAGAUAGAGUCUGAAAUAAAGACCAUGGUGGAUAUUGAUUGAUUAACCUAGUGAAGACAUGAAUUUCUAUUGGACUUAAUUACGAAAAUAAGCACAUUAUGAACAAUUAUAAAAGUAGCAAUUAGAGUUGGCUGUAUUUAGUAAAUUGUAGAAGAAAUAAGUAAAUGACAAAUUGAAAUAUAAAAUUGAAGACUCAGAAUACUCGAUAUUUAAUUAGAGUGCUAGUUUGAAAGUACAUAAUCAUUUAGAAUGUAAUUUUUAAGUGUGCAAUAAAAAGGCCCUCUUUUAUAAUAUGAAAAAUUACUAUAUUUCUCGAAAUGAGGAUCCCUUUUAAUUUAUACCGCUUACGUAUCAUGUCUAAACAGGUCCAAAUGAUCCUGCUUACUUAGAAUUUGAAUAGUAUGCUUAAACACAGAAUGUAAAUCUGUGGAUAGUAAAACCAGGGGAGUCAUCGAAUAGAGGGAACGGCAUUUAAGUGGCAAAUUCAAUUCAAAAGGUAAAAUCAAUUAUUUCUCAAUCCACGAAUCAUCAUAAUGGAAUGAAAAAAACCUUUAUUGUUCAAAAGUAUAUGGAGAAACCUCUUCUCUACAAUAAAAGAAAGUUUGAUAUUAGAUGCUAUAUAUUGAUGACCAGCAUCAAUAAUAAAUUCAAAGCCUAUUGGUAUCAGGAGGGGUAUAUCAGAACGAGUUGCAAAGAGUUCUCAUUGGAUGAUGUGGAAGACAAAUUUACUCAUUUAACCAAUGAUGCAGUUUAGAAGAAGAAUUAAAAUUAUGGAAAAUAUGAAACUGGCAAUAAAGUGUCUUUUAAUGAGUUUUAAAAAUACUUACAGGAUAAUCAUAAUUACAAUUUUUCAAUAAUAAUUGAAUAACUUAAAAAGUUAAGUACUGACAUUGUAAAAGCGACAUAUCAACACUUAGAUCCAAAUCGACAUUUUUACACUUUUGAAUUAUUUGGAUUAGAUUAUAUGAUUGAUUAAGAUAUGAAACCUUGGCUUAUCGAAGUGAAUACUAAUCCUUGUUUGGAAACAUGCUGUCCACUUUUAGCUAGGUUAAUUUCGCAUCUUAUUGAAAAUUCAAUCCGAAUUGCUAUUGAUCCUAUGUUCCCACCUCCUCUCAAUAAAAAGAAGCACAUUUAAGAUUAAAAAAAUUUAUUUGAAUUAAUCUUCUCUACUACUUUAAUUACUGAUCCAGUUACAUAACCCAUCAUAAAAGAAGAUGAUGAGGAACAUGAUGAUGUUGAAGAUGAUAAUUGA